GCUAGAUGGAAGUCACAUCAUAUCAUUGUUUGGACUAGUUAAUUGUUGUAUAUUUUAUUCGGAUCGAACUUGUUGUCGUAGCAGUUGGGUCUUCCCAAUUCUCUGAAUAUCGUUUAUAAAUGGUAAAUGGAGUGUUUCUGAGAAUAUGUUUAAUUUUGUAUAGGUCGUAGAGUAACAAAAUUUAUUUGACUGGAAAUGUGCAUACAUGUUGUCUCUUUCUCUUCUGUAAUUUACGAGGGACUCGUAAAUUGGCGGAUGGCCGAGUUGUUACCGACAUCUUAAUCCUUGAUAUGGAAAUAUAACAUUUUGUUUGUUAAAUGACGUUAAUAUUUAUAAUAACUUCUAAAUGUAUUAAAUUAUGACUACUUAACUUAUAUCGAUUUAAAGGAAAUGUUUUACCGAUUUAUUUUUGUAAAGGAGGGUAUUAUUGAAUUCUUUGAGUAUGGUAUGUUCUUUAAAAACGGAACUCGAUCGCUCACUCGCGUCACUUCACUGUUGGAUACCGAUCGAGACGGUUGUACUUGAAAGUAUAAAAGGUAUUUUCUUGUGGUCGGCUCAUCAGGUUAUAGCCUACCAAGUGCUAGUCAAAGCGUUGUUAGAGUGAUAAACUCCCAAAUACGGCUCCUGAGCGUGAUCGAAAGAAGUGUAUAUUACAUUUUCCAAACGUGAGUUGGCAGGUAUAGGCGCUGUUAUUCGAAGGGGCACAGGUUUUAAUUUGAAAAAUGGUGUAUGAAAAGAGAGUCUCAAAGGCUUUGGUAUUGGAAAACAAUACCGCUGAAGAUGUAGCUAGAGCUAUGAUAGAAAGUGGACUUCAGAAGGAGCCCUUCUAUAUAUUUGAUAUGGACAAGGCUUACCAGUUCAUACAGCAUUUCAGAAAAAUGAUGCCAAGGAUCAAAAUGUUUUAUGCCGUGAAAUCGAACGAUAGUUGCAUGAUGUUAAAGUUAGCCGCUGCACUCGGUGUUGGCUUCGAUUGUGCUUCACCGGGUGAAAUAUAUAGAAUAUUAAAACUCAAAGUAUCGCCACAGAGCAUAAUUUUAGCAGUUCCGACAAAAACACCGGAGUGGAUCUCAUAUGCAAGACAGUCCGGGAUUAAACACGCUACUUUCGACAACAUUUGCGAACUAAAAAAAAUAAAACAGUAUUGGCCAGAGGCAAACUUAUUACUGCGUAUAAGAGUUCACGCCGACAGUGUUUACGAUUUAGGAAAAAAAUUCGGUUGCGAUUUUGAAACAGAAGCUAUUGAUUUACUAGAAGAAGCUGCAGCGCUCAAUAUCCGGGUGGUUGGGGUAGCUUUCCAUGUAGGAAGUGGUUGUACAUCACCAGACAGCUAUGUGAUGGGACUUCAACAGGCUAAGCUAUUGUUCGAGCAUGAGGCUAAGGCGGGACGGAAAAUGGAAAUUGUUGAUAUUGGAGGAGGAUAUAUGAGCGAUAAAAUCGAUAGAAUAGACGAGGUGUCUAAGCUCAUAAAUAAGGCUUUGGAUGAACUCUUUCCUGAUCCAGAUAUCCAAGUGAUCUCUGAACCAGGACGUUACCUGUGCGAUAAAGCAUUUACUUUAUAUUGCAAUAUUAACACAGUGCGACAGGUACAAGUUGGUGACUCUUCUAUAAAUAUGUUGUAUUUGAAUGACGGAUUGUUUGGUUGUUUGCGGUACAAUGAACCGUGGCACACCGUCAGGCGGUAUAAGCAAUGUAAGGAAGGCGAACAAUGUGAACCAGUUAUUUUAUGGGGUCCAUCGUGUGACUCAGUGGAUCGUGUGAUGGAGAACGUUGAAGUUAUGUUACCACCUUGUACUGUUGAUGAUUGGCUCGUUUUCCCCAACCAAGGAGCUUAUACCAUGACUCUCGCCUCCGAUUUUUCUUCGUUACCAGAACCGCGUAUCCGAAGUGUUAUUUCACAGAAAUUGUGUGAAAAAAUAAAGGAGUCAGAAGUGUUUGAUUCAGAUGACUUCUUCAAACAAGACAUUUCAGAACCACUUCCAUCUAGCUUGCCACCACUUGUCAUUCAAUCGAAAGUUAUGGAUUCAAAUUAUACUUUGAAGGCUUAAAAAGAAUAUUAAAUUUAAAAAAUAUUGUAAAAGUUGUUAAUUAUUCUUUGAUAAAACAUAAAAAUAUUUAGUAUAACAUAAUAAUAGAAAAAUAAGUUGUUAUAAAUGCCAUUCGGUUUUUCUUAUAAAAGUGAUUUUGUUCUUAACAGAAUGGAAAUUAUAAUAAAAAUGAUAAACAGGAAUUACCUUUGACUGGCAUUUCCUAAUAAAUUAUGUUCAUGAAGUAUUGUAUGUUUAAAUAAAUCAAUGUCAUAAUAGUAAUAA